AGACAACAAUUAUUUCCUACCUUCCUCCUCUUUUCCUCCUCUCUUGUCUCAAAUUUGUUUUUUGUGUUAAUUCUAAGAGUUCUUUCUCAUACUCAAGAAGCUUAAGGACUUGAAGUUUGAAUUUCAAUUCACCAAAAAUUGAAUUUUAUCUAUACCCUUUAUUUCCUUUCAAGAAUUUCUUAACUUUCUUGUCUCAAAAAUCAAUCUUGAUCACAAAAGGAGUAGAAUUCAAGCAAGAUUCUCUAAGGUGAUUGAACAAAACAAGAUGGGUGUUAUGUAUGAAGAGAUUAGAAGAAACCAAGAACUAGAUUCAAAACAACACUAUCACCAACAAAACAAUUCAACACUAUCAACUUCAUUGUUUACAAACCUAAUUGACAACAAUAGCUAUGUCAACAAUGAAGAAUCAUUUACAACUGAGAAUUAUCUUCCAUCCACAAGCUCAGAAAUGGACACUAUGUUAUCCAAGUUGAUAUCAUCCAAUAAUGGAUGGAACAAUUGUGAAGAACAAUUGCAAGAGUUUGGUGUGAAGAAUGUGAAGAAAGAAAUAAGUGAAUCUUACUCUUAUGGUGGAUCUGAGUUGGUUUAUCAAGGCUUUUCAAGUGGUAAUGGAAAUGGUUUUUAUGGAUCUUUUGGUGGAGGAAACUUUAGGGAUUCUGAGAAUUGUGCUCAAGCUAAAAUUGGUGGGAGGAAUUGCAACAAUCUUGUUAGGCAAAAGAGUUCACCUGCUGGUUUUUUCUCUAGUGAAAAUGGUCUUACAACAUUGAGGGAAGACUCAAAUGGACAAGAAAGUAUACAUGGGACACUUAACUUCUCAUCUAUGCCAUCUACAUGCUUGAAAAGAAUGCCACAAAUAGCUGAAAAUGGAAUCCAAAGCAUAGAACCAAAUGGUGACUCCAAAUCUCAUCAUGUGCCUAGUUUCACAAAUGAAUUUUGGGACAAUUCAUCAUUCAAUGCUCAAAAAACAGAAACAGAAGAUGAAAUCAUGUUUUCUACUUCAAAUGGCUUGGAAUCUCAAGAAGCUGAUUUUCGCUAUCAAAAUCUUGGUUUGACUCAUCAUUUAAGUUUGCCUAGUUCUUCAACAAAGGUAACAUCGUCUAUAGAGAAGUUUCUUCAAAUUCAAGAUUCGGUUCCGUGUAAAAUUCGAGCGAAGAGAGGGUUUGCAACUCAUCCGAGAAGCAUUGCAGAGAGGGUUAGAAGAACGCGAAUUAGUGAUAGAAUCAAGAAACUGCAAGGUCUUUUCCCAAAAUCGGAUAAGCAAACAAGUACAGCAGAUAUGUUGGAUUUGGCAGUUGAGUACAUUAAAGACUUGCAAGAACAAGUUCAGACACUCACAGAUUGUAAAGAAAAAUGCAAAUGUACAAGACAUUGUAGCUGAUUUGUAUCUCUUUAGAUAGCAAAAGGGAGAAGAAUUUUUGUGUAUAUAUGAAAAAUAAUGUAAUGAGUGUGCCAAAGUUGGCAAUUGUAAUUAUAGAAAAUAAAACUCUUCAAUUUUUGUUCA